AUGGAGUGCUGCCGCAUCGAAUCGAACGUUCGCGAUGCAGAGCGCUGGGAUCAGCCCCCUCCCUGCCGGUGGUCCUUGGUGCAAGCAGAUGCACUACAAGCUUUGAAAAUGCAAUGCCAAGAGCCCAUUUACCUUUCUUGCCCCUUCGGCCCGCACCUCUGGUGGCACUUCAGAACUUGGGUGGUGGAUGGCGAGCGCGUGUGGGUCUACUAUUCUGGACAUUGCUUCCAUCUGGCCAUUCGCAAGAUACGGCCGGACGUGCACGUGUGCUUCGAAAUGAUCCAGGACGGCCCCUGCAAAAAGCUGUCAGUACGAUACGCCUUGUCCGGCGACUUCAUCUUGGAGCUCAAAGAACCCAAGCAAAAUCGAAUCUCUUUGGGCAGUGUGGAAACGGUGCUUCGCUGGCAGCUGGGCCUCACGGAGCAGCAAAACAUCGUGUCCCACGAGCAACCUCCUGUGGUCUUCGACACUUCAGAUGCCGAGUCGCAGCUGAGCGAGACUUCGCACACAGACAUUUUCGAAACGGAGCCCGACCUCUCCGACGCCUGA